AUGAUGUCCAACGGUCUUCAGCGUCUUCAAAAGAGCAUCGAUUUGGGUAAAAACUGCCCCAAUAUGAUCAAUCCCUUCGACGAAAUGCUCAAGAGCCUUGAUGGAAAACUCGAGCAAUUCUCGCCGUCGCCAAGACAAACUGGCGAGAAACCAUCGUUCACACUGUUCUCAGCUUCCAUUACUGGGCAUUUGGACAAAGUUAAGGUGAGUUAUACUGCAUUGUUUAUUGAAAAUUGAAUAUUUUUAUAUUACACUUGACAUGGGAUAUAAAAAAGGCCAUUUCUGCUGUUUUUUCUUAUGGAAUUCUAUGUUUUCUUUUUUCAGGAGAUGAUCGAUGCUGAUCCAAAGUCAGUCAACGUCACAAAUUCCCAAGGAUGGACGCCUUUGAUGUACAUAAUGGCCAAUGGAUGUUCCUUUGUCGCGACUGAACUAAUGAAGCGUGGAGCCGAGUAUGAGCGUCUGAAUUUUGAGGGAAUGAGUGCUUUGGGUCUUGCAGGCAGUUACGGUCAUCGAGGAACGGUUAGUCGAACAUUGAGUGGUUUUUGAGAUAAAAAUUAUAUUAUCCAUGAGGAAUCUUAGAAUUGAAGAAUUUGAAAUGUUUUUGGUACUUUUAAGGAGGGUUGGUGGUUCUUUUACAUCUAUUAGGGUAUGAUAAAGCUGAUAGAAAAAUAAGAAUUGACUUUUGACCACAUUUUCGGGAGUUAUAUUAUCUAUAUUAUUUUAGAUAAAUACAGAUGUUUCUUGUGAUUUUGCUGUUCCUUAGUGUGUUGGAUUGACUUAAAAAACUUGGAAUAUUGAUGUCAAAGCUAUAUUUUCUAAAAUCUAGUAGUUAUUUUGAUUUUUCUAGCAUAAUUUAUCUUAUCCAUGGGCUAUCUCAUAAAAAUUACAAGUUUUUGUUAAUUUUGCAAACUAAUAAUGCAAUUUUCAGAUCAAAAACUUCUGCAGCGCGUUGAAGAAGGCGAAGGGACCUGUCGAAGUUACGAAAGCCGUCAAUCAAGUGGAUGCGCACGGUAAAACCGCUCUCCAUUACGCGGCCGAGAAUCGUCAAUGGGAGUCCUGCAACGUCCUCAUCGCCAACGGAGCGGAUCCCAACAUCCAAGACCUCGAAGGCAACACCGCGUUGAUGAUGGCAGUGAAAGCCGGCCAUUCCAUGACCAUCAGAACCGUGCUUCAAAAGGGCGGAGACAAGGACAUCGCCAAUCUGAAGGGAGAACUCCCAAUGGAUGUGGUCGAGCCGAAACUCAAGUACAUCUUUGAAGAGGAUAAGCCAGAAAAGACGGGAGAAGACACUGAAAGCGAGGAGGAAUCAGAUGGAGAAGAGGAUGGAGCAAAAAGCGUUUAA